AUGCUGGUCUCCCGAAGACACAGUCCCCUUGACACUCCCAUCCCUACUAUUUUGCUUGAUGGGAGGGCGCUGCCCCUGCAGGCUUCCAUCUCCAUACUGGGCGUGGAAAUGAACAGCGCCCUGACCUUCACUGGCCACGUCAAGACCAUAGCCAGGAAAGCCGCCUGGAAACUUAAUUGUGUCCGGCGGAUAGCACAUCUCCUCGAUUCCCAGGGAAUCUACACCUUAUAUGCAGCUCAAGUCCGCUCCCUCAUGGAGUAUGCCCCUCUCACCUGGUCAUCCUGCCCCCCUUCAUAUUUAGGCCUUCUUGACAAGAUUCAGCAAAGGGCACAACGCUUGAUAUGUUUGAAGGCCCCGCCAGACCAAUCGUCUCCCCUCAUGCAGCCCCUACAGCAACGUCGUGAUGUGGCAGGUCUGUGUGUCAUCUACAAGACUCACAAGCAGAGCGCCCCGCACCUGACUGCACUCCGCCAGCCCUGGUCUCAACCACACGGCCACGCCACCCGCGUUGCCGCCACCGGGGAUGACCAACUCGUCGUCCCUUUCGCCAGGACGGAAACCUUCCUCCGCUCCUUCCUCCCGCGCUACACACGAAUGUGGAACCACCUAGUACAGCAGACUCAGCUUCACCGCACCACCUCAUUACACACCUUUAAGUCUGCUGUAAAUGCUUGGAUCAAACAACCAUAA